AUGACGACUGCGGCAAAAUCACAAAAGGAUAAGCCUUUUGGGACCAAUCCUCGAUUAGUCCCGAGGCCUACGGCUGCCUCCGCUGCGCGCGCUGCUCGUAAUGCCACCAAUAGGAAUCUGUCGAUGCCCACUCAGAGGCAAUCUCCGACACGAAACCCUAACUGUCCUAAGGUGAAGAGUCCUCUCGCCCAACGUGCCCUAAAAUCUGAUCCCAAAACUGAUGUCAAGCAGGCUAAUGGAGGCUUAGAUAGCGAACCAUUGGAAAAUCAGAACGUGAAUGUUUCGCCACUGGUAGAAGUAGAGCCGUCUUAUAUUAUUGAGAACAAACCAAUAAUGAUAAUAGAAGAAGCAUCCGAAGAUCAGGCUGCUGACGGUGAUGUUGUCAAACCUCAAGACAACAAUGAAAACUGUCCCUCGGAAAUGAAAAGUAAUGAUGGCGAUCCUCAUGAUGUACAGCAACAAAGAACGGAUGAUUCUAACGAACCAGAACAUAGUCUUCCUAGUCGCAAAAACGAAAUUAGAAGUCGUCCCCAUACACCGGCGGUAAAUAGCAGUCCUGCGACUCCUGGAAGCGUACAAUCCAGUCGUCCUCAAACUCCGCGCAUGCCCAGCCGCCCUACUACACCAGCACACCCGGUGCAACGCCAGUGCACCUCCACCAGCCGCCCCAAUACGCCGCAGCGUCUUCCCACGCCGUCACGCCCUAAAACACCAUCUCUGAAUGUCCCGCCAACUUCAAGGGUCCUAUCUCCGGCAUCUAUAUGCAGCCCGGCGCGUAACUUCAAAGAAGACGACGAUAUAAAGUCGACAUUCCUCGCGAAACAAAGGCAAUUCCAUCGCAUGAAGAAAGAACUGGACAUAAAACAGCAAGCAGUUCUUGAACUAUUUGACAAUUUACGUGGGUUACGAGAGCGCAUGACACGAGAGGGCGUCUCAGGCUGUGGCGAGGGUCUCCAACUGCAGGAACUAGUGGUGUUCAAUGUAGCGGAUUGGACGUCAGAUGAAAUUACCCAGUUGUGUCGUGACGCUCUAGCUUCGGCUACUACCGACGGGGCUGUCGAACUAAUCAAUACCAUCCUCCCUAUUGAUGAAUGCACUCUUGCCGAACUGGAUUCUAAAGUUACGAACGUGCCUGCAUGUUUUGCCGAUCUGUGUCUCCAGGCGUUUACGGCAAGACAAGAAAUUAUUGACUGGGUCAAGGAGCUCAUCGAAAGGGGCGAAAGUGGUAAUGAUGAGGUUCUGCAACGUAUUGCUCGUUACAAUGCUCAAGGACUUGAACUCUGCGAGUCUCUCCGCGACAUGAAAUCCCGUGCUGAUGACGCUGUUAACACUGUCACAAACCUGUCUAAGAAAGCCUGUCGAGAACGUAGUGCUUUAGUAGCUGUCGGAGAAUCGUUGGUAAGAGAAAUAGCACGACUUCGACAAGACUUGGAAACACAUUCUGCUGCUAUAACAGAAUUGCAGGAAACCACCCGCAAUGAAUCUGACAACAGCUCCGCUGAAGAAAUGCGUCGAGAGUUAGAGGAGGAAAAAGCUGCAAAGAACGCUACCAAAGAGAAGUUGGCGGCCACUGAAGUCCAGCUCCGUCAAGCUCGAAUUCGUAUUAAUAAAAUGGACAGGCAACUACGCGAGGCAGAAGCAAGCAUUGCUAGUCUUACAGGCACUGUAAAGACAUUGGAGGACCAAGAAUCUGAUAACAAGGUGGGCAUGCAACAGAAAUUGGCAGCCGAGCUUCUGAGCAAAGAAGAAAUAUUAGGAAAAAUGCAAAUACAAAUUAGAGAUUUAACCAAAAAUAUAAAAUUGAAUGAACAAAAAGUUAUCCAAUACGAACAAUAUGUAAGAGAUCUACAGGCGCAUAAUCGCGCCGUGGCCAACUGCCAAGAGGCUCCAAAUGGUAUCAGCUAUCAAGACUUACAACAAGAGAUUAUGAACUUAAGAAUGGGCCUUCUUGAGGCGGUGCACCGAAAUGAAGAAUUGUCAGAGCUAUUGGUACAAAAGGAACAGCAACUAGAGCAACAGGAUAAGACUUCACGUGCCCAGGCAAGAGUCAUAAAGAUCGGGGUUUAUGCACCUAUUCAAGCACCUAAUCCUAUCUACUGUCCGAGUCGGCUGGUCAACUUUGACCUCGUGACCUUCGUGACCUUCACACAGAAGUCCCGGCAUCAUCGACGGCCGUGCUACUGCGGAGCUGCGAGCGACCUACCUACCCUACCGGCUACUGAUUCAGGAUAG